AAACCGUGGAAUCGGAGAAGAUCAGCAGAAAGAAAGAUGACGGGAGAAGGCGAUAAAGCUAGGGUUUCUCCUCACGAAUCGGCUACAACGAACGAAGCUUCUGAAUCGAGGCAACGUUACCGAUUCUCCUCUCCUAUUGAGCCAAUUCGUAUCGUAAAUUUGUUGAAACUUAUGCAUUUUGUGUGUGUGUGUGUGUGUGUGUGGGGCAGGAAGAAGAUAAGGUGGGAUCCUAUGGCUUGUUUAAACAACACAGUAGCUCCAAAAUUGAAUCAACCUAGGGCUCAUGAUGAGUUGAUCAUAGCGAGAGAAAUCGUUAUUAACGAUGCUGAGGCUUCGCUUAGGCACAAGCUUACUAACCGCUCUACUCAAGAUGAAAUUCAGAGGUCUACUGGUGCUAUGGUGAUUACUAGGGGCAAGUAUCGUCUUCCAAAUGCACCUCCUGAUGGUGAAAAGCCAUUGUAUCUUCACAUAUCUGCUGCUUCACAUUUGAAGGAGACUACAGAACGUAUUUUAGCCGUUGAUCGUGCAGCAGCUUUGAUUGAGGAGAUGAUGAGACAGAAAACAAGUUCACAGGUCGGGGUUGUUGGUUUUCACACGGUCAAGGAUUCAGUGAGCAACAAUGUGAAUGUAUAUUUUAAAUGCCAAGGUCGCAUGUAUAGCGUAGUGAUGAAGGCAGCAACGGAAGAGAUAACUAUGUCAAUGCUAGAAGCAAGGAUAUGCAAAAAGGUUGGGUUAGAUGAAAGUAGGGUGAAACUGAGACUGAGUUACAUUCCAUUGCUGGUGGGUUUUGAUGAGCAGUUUACUAUUUCUGAUGACGAGGAUCUUUGUGUUUAUCUAACAUCUACUGAUAAAGAGAAUCGUAGAUGUAUGUUGUACGUGGAGGUCACCAGUAUCUCGGAACUCCCCGAGCAACUUUCGAGAGCGGGGGAAGGGAGUUCUUUAGGUCUGAAUUACGAGGAGUUGAAUUCGAAGGAUGAUGAGAUUGGAGCUAAAGCUUUCUACGUAGGCAACGGUCAAGUAGAAGAACAAAUUGAGGCGAUGAAGGCAGAUGAAGCUGAAUAUGUGGAUAACGGUAUGGAAAUGUCGGAUAUGCAUGACAAAUAUGUAGAGAGUCAGUUUAUGGAGGCAUGGGAAGACGGUUUGGAUUUCACAAUACAACAGGAGUUUCCUAAUAAGAGGGCAGUGCAAGAAUUAGUGAGUAUAGCUGCAGGUUCGAAUGGUUUUGGGUUUGAUGUGAAAAAGUCGGAUAAGUUGCGGUUAGUGCUGAAAUGUCACAAAGAAGGAUGUAAAUGGGGUUUGCGAGCUGCAAGGAUUGCAAAGACAGAACUGUUCUCGAUUAGAAGCUACACCAAGAUGCAUACAUGUUCUCGUGAUGGUGAGAGUAAAAACAACUUGAAGGGGAAAAUCACACCACAGAUAGUUGCUUCUCUAUUGCAUGACGAUUAUCCAGGACAGACUCUAACUCCUAAGAGUAUUAUUGAUUUUGUUUCGACAAAAUUGGGUGCGAAGAUAUCAUACUCCACUGCGCUGAGAGGUAAAAAUUUGUAUUCAAGCUUUUGAAGAUGAGGCGACUGUUAUAAAACGACCUUGUGAAGAGUGGAACUGCAGUUUUAGAAGGAGAAAAUGUGCGAAGAGAUUGCAAAACUGAAAGAAUUAGUGUAGGGUUCUCUUCAAAACAUAUGUGUUUUUUUUUUGUUUUGAAAUCUUAUCUUCUUUUGUGUUAGUUUGAAAUCUUCUCUUCUCUUGUAUGUGUUUAACUUUGUGUUAAAAACUCAUCUAUGUUAUGUUUGUUAUCUUU